AUGCAGGAUCUUAUAUCCCUCAUCUUGCUCUUCUACAAGGCUUCAACAAUUUGGAAUAUUGGAUCAGAUGUUGGAAAAACAGAUCCAACUAUUGUGAACCCAACUUUUAAUGUGUUAGAUUACAAGGCCAUUGGAGAUGGAAUCAAAGAUGAUUCAAAUGCUUUCAUGGAAGCAUGGGAAGCUGUGUGCAGGGUUGAUACUUCAGCCACACCCACCCUUAUCAUACCCUCUGGGAAGACAUUCUUAUUAAAGCCCAUAGAGUUCCAUGGUCCCUGCAAUGCCUCUAACAUUUAUGUUCAGGUUUUGGGUAAUAUUGUCGCACCAAAUGAUAUAUCAGAAUACAUUAAGGAUGAUGAAAUAGAUGAUAAAUGGCUUGGAUUUUCCAAUAUUACUGGGCUUGUCAUCGAUGGAUUUGGAUUGAUUAAUGGCCAAGGUUCAAUUUGGUGGGCACCAAAUACGUGCAAAAAUGCUAAGGCACUAAGAUUUCAUAAGUGUAAUGGGCUUCGGCUAAGUGGGCUUAGACAUGUGAACAGCCAAAAAAACCAUAUCUCAAUUUUCCAGUGCAACGAUGUAAUCAUCUCGGGCCUCCAUAUUACUGCUCCAGAAGAAAGCCCAAACACCGAUGGCAUCGAUAUAUCCCAGUCAUCCCACAUUCAAAUAAAGGACUCUUUCAUUGGAACAGGUGAUGAUUGUGUUGCCAUUAAUGGUGGAUCCUCCUUUAUCAACAUCACAAAUAUUACAUGUGGGCCAGGCCAUGGCAUAAGUGUGGGAAGCUUAGGAGCAGAUGGAAACAAUGAAUCUGUGGAAGGAGUAAAUGUACAAAAUUGCAAUUUCAGUAGAACCACAAAUGGGCUAAGGAUCAAGACAUGGCAGGGGGGAUCUGGUUUUGCUAGGAAUAUCUCUUUCCAGCAAAUCAAUCUAAAAGCUGUAGCAAACCCAAUUAUCAUUGACCAAUUCUACUGUAAUUCAGGUCAUGGCUGCAAAAUUCAAGCGUCGGCGGUUAAGGUGAGCAAUGUGACAUUCAAAGGAGUGCAGGGGACUUCAAUUACAGAUAAAGCUAUUCAGUUGAGUUGCAGUAAGACUGUUGGAUGCUCAGAUAUUUUACUCAACCAGAUCAAUAUUACAUCAACAGUUGGAGGAAAGAAAACCAACUCAUCUUGCUCAAAUGCACAGGGAAAAUGCAUCAACUGUUAUCCACCUGUAACUUGCCUUGAAUAA